AUUGGAGACUUUAUAGACUAGAGCCUGGUGGCCUGCGGGAGCGAGGGACAGCGGAGGAAACUAGAAAAUGGCAAAAAAUGUGGAUCUGGGCCCAGAAGACAAGUGGAGCCGCUAUGAGGUUCUUUCCUGGCUUAACGACAUGCUCCAAACUGAAUUCACACAAGUGGAACAGCUGUGUUCAGGGGCGUGCUUUUGUCAGUUGAUGGACUGGCUCUUUCCGGGGUCCGUCACCAUGAGCAAAGUAAAGUUUCAGUCCCAGGACAAGGCAGAUUUUCUCCAGAACUACAAUCUUCUACAAGCAGGCUUCAGGAAAAUAGGCGUCACAAAAUCUGUUCCAGUGGAAGAGCUCACCAAGGGGAAAUUCAGUGCUAACUUCACCUUUCUGAAGUGGUUUAGAAAAUUCUUCCAAGCUAACUUGAAUGGGCAGGUCUAUAACCCAGUGGAGGCACGCAAUGGUCAGGAGAUUGCAACCGCAAGUCUUAAUUCUCCUCAGAGCUCAAAGGUCCUGAGAAAUAUCAAUAAUGCUGGGAAGGGGAAGGAGGACUCUGAGUCGGAUCUGGAUCUUCAUGAAAAGAAGAAUAACACUUAUGACCCCCAGUGGCAAGAAAACUUCAAAUGGGUCAAGCCCAGCGCUCUAGGAGAUACCUAUGCAUACUGCACAGUCUGUGAUGUAAAUGUUAAUGUGCUUGACUCAGGAUCGCUUGACUUAAAACAUCACCAGCAGGGUAGAAAGCACAGGACAGCUGCAAAAAAGCCAUCAUCAAAUGGCAAGCAGGUCGAUUCAUUCACCUGCAGUGAACUCAUGCUACGCUUCAUUAAAAACCACUGUCUGCCUGCUCAGGCUAACAAGGUCUCUCUGCAUACUGCCAGGCGUGUUCUUGGACUACAGUACCCAGAAGACAUUUCCUCUGCUGCCAAGCAGAUCCCUUACUGUGUUUACCUUUAUGGACGGGUGGUGCUAGGUGAAGAAAGCGAGGAAGGGAAUUCUGCCUGUGUAGUGCUGCUAGGUUUUUUUGACGAAAAGGCUGCAAAGUACCGCAUACGAAUCCUGGAUGUUUUCCAGUGUGUAGACUCAGAUGACUCUAUUGCAAAGUCUUUGGUUGAUACCUUGGAAAGAUUUGACAUAACCUUGAGCAACAUGGCAGCUUUUUAUGUCGAUGACCGAGAUGAGACAUCUGCCAAGGUUGCUGCAAAGCUGAAGGAACUUAACCCAAAAGUGGUGGCUCUAGGUGGCCUUUAUGACUUGGCCAACUCAGCUUGCCAUUCUGGAGUAAUGGCCCUGUCCGGUGAAGUACAAGACCUGAUCGGUAACAUUUAUGAACACUACUCCAGUUGCUGUACUAAAAAUGACAAUCUCAAAGGGCUUUUUGCAGGUGUUGGUGGCCUUGACAGCUCAGUCCAUUCCCUCACCAGCAACUGCAAGAAUUUUUGCAUUCUCAUCCACAGGAUGCUUGAAAUGUGGAAGGACUUGAUCUCACACUUCACUUUAUGCAGUGAGAAUGACAACAAAGCUAAACUCCUCUGUUCUCAACUUGAAAACCCCAAACUCAGGGUCACCUUUAUGUUCCUGGACCUUGGCCUCAGACCACUAAAUGCAUUUAAUGAUCGUCUGGAAAGCCGUGAAGGUUCUGCUCGUGCGGACCUUGUGCAGAUUCUGCGAGAAGCCAGUGGUCUCCUUCGCUCCUAUGCCUCUAAUUUUCUCCGUCCUCAGGCUGUUGUACGUUUCCUGAAAGAAAGAGAUCCAGCCAUUCUUGACAACCAAAAGUUAUAUCUUCCUAGCUCUGAGCUCAGCUUGGGCGGGCCAGCCGUGGAGGAUUUUCUGUCUGAAAAGGAAGUUGAACUGGCUGAUUCCCUGAAGGCCUUUCAGGAUGACUGUAUGGCCUUCUAUAAGGCACUUACAACCUGUGUAGCUGAUGGACUCCCCUUGAGCGAUGGUAUUCUGAGAAGUAUGUCCCAGCUUCUUAGCCCAGAGGGAAGGCUGAAGGUCACAGGGAAGGCCGUUGUAGACCUUGGUGUCCAGUUUGGCCUUUCUGCCACCCCAGAGGCAUCUGCACAGCUGCGAGAUGAGUUCCUUGAGUACCAGCUUGUUGAAGAAGGAGAUGGUGAGAAGAAUGGAGCAAAUGGACACCCUGAAGUCACCUCCAAUAGGUUACUUAGCCCUUCCUUAGAGCAACAUUGGAGCUCUGUCCUUAGGACCACUGGGCAAGACUCUGCCUUCAGGAAACUUAUGCUUAGUCUUUUGGCAUUACCCUGUCCACCUCUUGAAGCGGAGAAAGUCUUUGCUCAGGCAGUGAAGAAUGGACGCGUGGAUCAGUUGAAUGACAGCCUGGCUGAAAGUGACUCUGAUAACACCAAAGUGCUGGACUCUACCAAUGAUGAUACAUCCUCAGAACUUGCCAGAUCUAAGCUGUCACCUGCCAGAAAUGGCAGAAGGAAGAAGGCAACAAAGAUGGUUGACCUUUCAGACUCAGUGAAGCCAUGCACGGUGCGACUGCAGAAGAUAACCAGUAAGACAGAGAUUAACAAAGAUGGCAGCAUGGUCUUUGUUGAAGAUGAUGUAGUUUGGACUAGUCCCUCCCAAAAGGGCACCAUUAGGGGGAUAUACGGUUGGGAAAGCAGUUUGCGCCAGAAGCCACAGGCACGUACUGUCUUUCAGGCUGGCUCAGGCACCUGGGACAAACCACAGAACCUCCAAAAGGACAAGAAGGCAGAGGUGGGGAAGAAAGACUUGUCUGUAUCUAACAUCUCGACACCAAGUCCAAAGUCUGCAAAAAGAACCCAGAAGUAUCAGGACAGGAAGGGUUUUAGCAUUGGAGAAUUGGUGUGGGGGAAGGUAAAGGGUUUCUCCUGGUGGCCAGGACUGGUUGUGGCCUGGAAGUCAAAGACAUCUCCCCCAUCUUUGAGGCGUGUGGAAUGGUUUGGCGAUGGCAUGUACUCAGAGAUUUAUACAGAAAGGCUUUUGCCUUUUGCUGCAUUUUCAGAGUGCUUUUGCAAGAACUCAUAUGCCAGUCUGCCCACUUACAAAGAUGCAGUUUACCAGUCUCUUGAGUUGGCAGGUGAGCGUUGCUCCAAGACUUUUACCUCAGCUGCAAACAAAGUGGAAGAGUUGAAGGCCAUGCUGGACUGGGCUUUUGGUGGUUUUCAGCCCUCAGGCCCUGAAGGCUUUGCACCACCAGACUCUUAUGACUCUUUGGCCAGCCAAAAGACUGAGUCUUCAGACUCAUCUGUGUCUGAUUAUCAGCCUCCAGCCAAGAGAAAGUAUGUUCACAGGGGAAGACCAUCCAACACUGCCUCCACUGCCCAGGAGUACACCAGAGAACAAAUGGUCCGUGAAGUCACAGUCAACGGCAAAAAGAUUGAAGAUUUCUGCCUUUCUUGUGGAAAUGCCAACAUUGAAAUUUUUCAUCCACUUUUCGAAGGGAGCCUUUGUUUCAGAUGCAAGGAAAACUUUACAGAGACGCUUUUCAGAUAUGAUGACGAUGGAUACCAGUCUUACUGCACUGUGUGCUGUGCUGGGCUAGAGGUCAUUCUUUGUGGCAACACCAGCUGCUGCAGGUGUUUCUGUAAGGACUGUUUGAAUAUGCUGGUUGGACCAGAAACCUUUGACAAGUUGAAGGAGGUCGAUCCGUGGAGCUGCUACGUUUGUCUGCCCCCUAAGAAGUAUGGUGUGCUGAAACUCAGACCAGACUGGAGUGUGCGUGUGCAGGAGUUUUUCGCCAAUAACAGUGCCUUCGAAUUUGAGCCACACAGAGUUUACCCUUCAAUUCCUGCGCAUCAACGUCGGCCCAUCAGGGUCCUCUCCCUCUUUGAUGGGAUUGCCACAGGCUACCUAGUUCUGAAAGACCUCGGCUUCAAAGUGGAGCGCUACAUUGCUUCUGAGAUCUGUGAGGACUCCAUUGCUGUGGGGAUGAUCAAGCAUGAGGGAAGAAUUGAAUAUGUGAAUGAUGUACGCACCAUCACCAGAAAACAUUUGGCUGAAUGGGGCCCGUUUGACCUCCUGAUUGGUGGCAGUCCCUGUAAUGACCUGUCUAUGGUGAAUCCAGCCAGAAAAGGGCUUUUUGAGGGCACGGGUCGACUGUUUUUCGAGUACUAUCGCAUGCUUACCAUGAUGAGGCCCAAAGAGGAUGAUGACCGCCCAUUUUUCUGGCUCUUUGAGAAUGUGGUAGCCAUGAGUGCCCAUGAUAAAGCCGACAUCUGUCGCUUCUUAGAGUGUAAUCCCAUCCUGAUUGACGCUGUGAAAGUGAGUCCUGCCCACAGAGCCCGUUACUUCUGGGGCAAUCUACCUGGAAUGAACAGAUAUCUCAACAGACCACUGGCUACCUCAUUUACGGACAAGCUGGAGCUGCAGGACUGCCUGGAAAUCGGACGAAUGGCGAAGUUUAAUAAGGUUCGAACUAUCACAACUAAGUCCAACUCCAUUAAGCAAGGAAAGAUGGGGCCUCUGCCUGUAUCCAUGAACGGGAAGGAGGAUUACCUUUGGUGCACCGAGAUGGAAAGCAUAUUUGGUUUCCCGAAGCAUUACACUGAUGUGAAUAACAUGGGCCGAGGGCAGAGGCAGAAGCUCCUGGGGCGUUCCUGGAGUGUUCCUGUGAUCCGCCACCUCUUCGCCCCUCUCAAGGAUUACUUCGAAUGCGAGUCCUAGACAUCCUUUCACCAUGCAAUGGUAGCACCAAAACUGAGAUUCAUUAGGGGAAUAGUAGUGGAGACCCCUGCUAUCCCCAUUUCUCUCAAAUUCAUUACUUUUUAGAGGGUUGAUUGGUGUUUCUGCAGACUAUGACCUCACAGAAUUAUUAAGGUGUUUUAAUUGUUACAGUUUUUAGUGUUUGAAAGUGACUUGAUCAGUUCUCCAUGUGUGAUCAAGCCUUCCAGAAUGCACAGACACUUUCUUUUUUACUGUAUAUCUACUUUAUGUGCUUGUUAUGGCUUUGAUAACGGUUUUAAGUUGGAGAGAGCCAAGUGAACCUCCACCCACUACCUCAGCAAUAUUCUGUGACUGGUUCAUUGUCUGGAGAAAUACUGUUUAGCUAUUUAUAAUUUUAAUAAAUGGAACUUUUGACACUGACACUUUUGUCAGAAUUGUAGUCUAAGUUUUACGCAUGUGUAAGCCUGUGUGGUCCAUCGUACCGUCUGAUUCUGAGUAACACCUGUUCUCCAUGUCUAAAUUUAUUUUUUGACGUUUCCUAUACAAUAUACGUAAUUGAAUACUGAACCCCCCCUCCCCCCCCCCC